CCCAGAUGUAACAUCAAACACAGUUUUUUCCGUUCACACAACAGAUCGGCUUCUGUUGCGCUAUUAAUUGUGAAAAAUCUACAGUGUUAAGUACAUGGAUGUUUUGUUUGUCUACUUUGAAUCGUCAUCUCCUAAUUCAGAACAUCUAACCCCUUUAUACUGAACAUGAAGACACAGAAAAACUGUAGUAUAAUGCUGAUUCUGUCCAAGGUGAUGGCAUGUUUGACUCCUGUUGUUGUUGCUGCUGCUGCUGCUGCUUUACUACCUCCUGAUGGAACAGACUGUACCGUGAGAGUGUAUCAAGGUUCCGUAGUUAUUAAAAUCAGUUCGCCGGAUCCAAAAGACAUAUUAAGCAUCAAAGCAAAUGGGACAUGGGUAGCAGAUUGUGACACAGAGGCUGUACUCAGGCAAAAAGACGAUAUAAAUGAUUUUCUUGUUUCGUUGACUCCCGGCGGAUCAUGUGUUUUCAUAAUUUAUAAUUAUGAUGGAAAUAUCUUAAGUGUACAUAUCAAAUCAGCUACAUCGACCUUGUCAAAUGUCUCAAUUCAAGGAGAACCUAUCACCACAAACUGCCUCAGCCCUUCGCUUGUUGUUUUAAAUCUGAAAGGGAAAGAAAAUUGCCACAAACAAACACUCGGGACUAUCUGUGAGGUCGCAGUUCCAGAUUGGGCUGUAGUUCUGCUUGUAUUGGAAAGUGUGGUUAUACUUACUGCUGUUAUAGCCCUGCUCUGUCGAGCCUGUUUGCGCAGACUUCAACGUGGUAUAAUGGAUCAGAACUCGUCAAAUCAUGUACCAGUAAAGAAAAGACGUGACAGCGAUGAUACGGACAUGUGCGAUGAAGAGAUGCUUCAAGGAAAUGGCAAUACAAAACAUCGACAGGGCAAGCCAGGAACGGAGCGGCAUGAUAGUAAUGGUGCUGUAAAGGAAGAGGGUCAAAAGAACCAGGAACUGGAACCUAUCGCAAAAGAUAAGAAUGGACGGGGACGGCAGCAUAAUAAUGACGCUGUAAAGGGCACACCAGGGUGGAAACAACAGGAUAAUAAUGAGGCUGUCAAUGACAUACCAGGACGGGGUCUACAGGAUAGCAAUGGCGCUAUCAUGGGACGGCAGGACAGCAAUAACGCUGUCAAGGGCAAACCAGGACGGGGGCGGCAGGAUAGUAAUGAGGCUUUCGAUGAGAAACCAGGACGAGCUCGGCCGGAUAGCAAUGAGACUUGCAAGAGCAGACCAGAACGAGAACGACAAGAUAACAAUGAGGCUGUCAAGAGCAAACCAAGACGGGAAUCGCAGGAUAGCAAUGAGGUUGUCAAUAACAAACCAGGACGAGAACGGCAGGACAGCAAUUAUUCUGGCAAAGACAACUCAGGACGGGGACGGCAGGCUAGCAAUGAGACUGGAAAUGGCACACCAAGACGGGAACGAUUGGAUAGCAAUUCUGCUGGAAAUGGCAAACCAGGAAGGGAACGGCGGGAUAGCAGUGAGAGCGGCAAGGGCAACCCAAGAUGGGAACGGCAGGCUUGCAAUGAGACUGGCAAUGGCAAAUCAGGACGGGGCCGGCAGGAUAGCAGUGAGACUUGCAAUGACAAACCAAGACGGGAACGACUGAAUAGCAAUGCUGCUGGCAAUGGCAAAUCAGGACGGAGACGGCAGGAUAGCAAUGCUACUGACAAGGGCAAAUCAGGACGGGGACGGCAGGAUAGCAUUGAGACUGGCAAUGGCAAACCAGGACGGGAACGGCAAGAUAUCAGUGAUCCCGGCAAGGGCAAACCUGGACGUAAUCGACAAGAUAGCAAUAAGGUUGUCAAGCGCAAACAAGGACGGGAACGGCAAGAUAGCAAUGAACCUGUCAAGAGCAAACAAGGACGGGAACGACAGGAUAGCAAUGAGUCUGUCAAGAGCAAACUAGGACGGAAACGGCAGGACAGCAAUGAAACUAGCAAGGGCAAACCAAAACGGGGAAGACAGGAUAGCAAUGGCGCUAUCAAGGGACGGCAGGAUAGCAAUAAGGCUGUCAAGGGCAAACUAAGACGGGGACGGCAGGAUAGCAAUGAAUCUGGCAAGGGCAAACAAAGACGGGGACGGCAGGAUAGCAAUGCGGCUGGCAAUGACAAACAAGGACAAGAUCGACAGGACAAAUUCGAAAAAUAUAGGAAAGGUUUUGGAUCAAGUGAGACGAUACUCCGAAAUCGUUUUCAAGUGUUGGUGGACCCUGUAUAGAACAAUGACUAUGUAUUUCGGAGUUUCUUCCUUAUUGCGAGCACCAUUAUUCUGCCAUUGAUUGUUAUUAUGACUGUGUAAACCUUUAGGUAACAAAGUGAUACACAAACACUUGUAAAUGUCUUCAAUAUUUAUUUUUUAAAAGCGGAUAAAGUUUGAACAUUAAAAUAUUUUCGUUAACAAUAGAGUUAUUUUGAAAAAACAACAACACAGCUUUGUCCUUGGUAACACUCUUAACUAAAGCGACUUAUUCACAGACAAUACCACUUGGUAUAAAUAAGCAUCGCAUUUUUUGUUCUAUGAGCUACACUAGUCUGUUAAAUUAUUUAUCUAUUAGAGUUGAUUUUUGUUAUAAAAUAGUAUUUUAUAUGAAGACACUGUAUCAUAAUAAG